AUGUUAUUCAAAAUAUCUCUAUGUUUUCUGUUAAUACUCAUUGUUGGAACGUUUCCUUCUUCCCAAGAUCCAUCUGUAACUUUCCCAACAAAUGAUUCUGCUGAUAAGGUAACAGAUGACACAAAUCCACCGAUUUCUUCAAUAACAAGUUGUAGCUCUACAUUCACGGCACCUGAAGAUUCUUCAAAAACUCCAACAUUUCCUGUAAAGCAAGAGACCCCGAAUAAAUUUUUACUUGGUGGCAUUGGUCUACCUGGUGUUGGUACUCUUCUCCCGGAUGGCCAAACUCCUGCAAAUACCAUAAUGUCUAAAACUACUUGGCCAUCUGUAAUCACUCUAUCAAUAAAUCCUACAAUGCCAAUAACUGCUGUACUUCCAUUAAUACCAACUAAACCAUAUUCCCCAUCUGAUUCUUCUUCCGAACCAGGGACUGUCGUAGUAGUUGUUAAUGGUCCAAAAUCCUCAACUACUAAGCUAGCUGUUAAUACUAUUCAUCCUCAAUCUCCUAAUGAUGAAGGUAUACAAAGCAGUUCUGCUAUGAACA